GUUGUCGGACUUAACAAUGGGCUAAAAUAUAUGGUCCACUAACAGCCCUGAAUUCCAUCAGCAAAGCCCCCAAUUCUACUUCAGCAUCUUCCUUUUCAAUCUUCGCCCUCCGUCAGCUACUCUCGCCGGAACACUCUUAUCAAUGGAGGUUGCAACAGCAACAGCAUCAACCGUUGCGCUCCACACGCGCAUGUUAGCGUCAACGCCAAUCUGUUCACAUACCUCAAGCUCAAACCGAACUUUAGCUUUCUCUUCUUCUUCUUCUUCUUCUUCUUCUCCUUCUCUAAGGAGUUCUUCUCUUUCUACAAGCUUUUUCUCUUCCUUCUCCGGCAGUGGUAGUGUUAUUGGCGAUUUUUCCGGUAUGAAAGUUCGACCUGAAUGUCUCAAUCCGGCGUCAAUUUCAAAUUUUAGAGGCAAACGAAGCGUCGUCACUAUGGUUAUACCCUAUACUAGAGGAAGUGCAUGGGAGCAACCUCCUCCUGACUUGGCAUCUUAUCUGUUUAAAAACAGGAUUGUUUACUUGGGCAUGUCGCUUGUUCCUUCUGUCACGGAGUUAAUACUUGCAGAGUUUCUAUACCUUCAGUACGAGGAUGAAGAGAAACCUAUUUACCUUUACAUAAACUCCACUGGGACAACCAAGGGAGGUGAAAAGCUGGGUUAUGAGACUGAAGCUUUUGCAAUCCAUGAUGUUAUGGGCUAUGUCAAGCCACCCAUAUUUACUCUCUGUGUUGGUAAUGCUUGGGGAGAAGCAGCAUUACUUUUGGCUGCUGGUUCAAAGGGAAAUCGUUCGGCUUUACCUUCAUCAACUAUCAUGAUAAAACAGCCGAUAGGAAGAUUUCAAGGUCAAGCAACAGAUGUUGAACUAGCAAGAAAAGAAAUAAGUAAUGUGAAAGCAGAACUGGUUAAUCUCUUGGCAAAGUAUAUUGGAAAAUCACCCGGGGAGAUUGAAGCAGACAUUAGUCGUCCAAAAUAUUUUACUCCAGCUGAGGCAGUUGAAUACGGCAUCAUUGACAAGGUACUGAAGUCAAAAGCUUCUUUAAUUUUAGUUUGGUUGCCCUGUGCUUAUUGCCUUUGCUUCGAUUUUCUGCAGGUAUUAUACAAUGAAAGGGGCACUGAAGACCGUGGGGUUGUUUCUGACCUUAAAAAGGCUCAGCUUAUAUGAUUUUAGGGAAAUUACAAUUGAUGAUUGUUGGAAGUAAUGUGGUGAUUCAUGGAGGACCAAGGGGUCAGUUAUUAGUUAUUUAAUUAGACUGCACAUCCUGUUGAGAUGAUUAUGAUGACUCACUGCUCCUUGACAAGCUUGCUGCUGUUCAUCAUAUUAUGCUGUACAUAAUCAAUACUUUGGGAUAUGUUUCAGUUGUUAUCAUACGCCUAAUUCUUAGACCCACUUAGACAGGUUACUACUGUUAGGUACUCCACUGUAAUAUGCAAGAUAAAACAUUUUCUGGAUUUAAAUGCAAUUGCUUGUUCCCAUGGUCA